UUAGCGCUAGCAAUGGCUACAACGGCUGUGUUCAUCGGCUGGGCUACUAAAACCUAGCCUGCAUCAAUAUUAUCGACGAAGUUGCAUCCAAGCUUAUUUCUUAUCACUCAACAUGGCUCAAAAUUACAGCAAUUUGAACCGAGCUCAACUGAGCUUUGAUUACCUUCAUACCAAUUCAACUACCCAUGAAUUUCUGUUUGGUGCACUUGCAGAAUUGGUGGACAAUGCAAGGGAUGCCUCGGCUACUAGAAUGGACAUAUUUACCAUUCAAGAUGAGGAACUGCGUGGUGAAUACAUGCUGUGUUUUCUGGACGAUGGUGAAGGAAUGGAUCCAAAUGACACUGCAGAUAUUGUAACAUUUGGGCGUUCCACAAAGAGAUCACUGGAUAGUCCACUCAUUGGGAUGUACGGAAAUGGUCUUAAAUCUGGAUCCAUGAGGAUUGGCAAUGACUUAAUGUUAUUUACCAAAAAGGGGGUCACCAUGUCCUGUCUGUUCCUGUCGAGGACUUUCCACGAGGAAGAGGGCAUAGAUGAAGUUAUUGUGCCUCUCCCAUCAUUUGAUGUUAAUACAAGGAAUGCCACAACCCCAGGACCAAAGCAUGACAUGGAGAUGGAACUCAUACUUAAGUACUCGCCAUUCACAACAGAGGAGGAAUUCUUUGCUCAGUUUGAUAAAAUUGAGGGCAGCUCUGGAACGCUUGUGAUUGUGUAUAAUAUGAAAUUGUUAGACAAUGGUGAACCUGAGUUAGAUAUAACUACAGACAAUGAGGAUAUCCUCUUGGCUAACCCAACGCAGGACUUCGAUUCCGAUGAAGGGUUGAUGCCAGAGAGGAAAUCCUUUAGAGCAUAUGCUUCUAUUUUAUAUGUGGACCCAAGAAUGAAAAUUUAUAUUCAGGGUAAAAAAGUGCGGACUAAAAAGCUAAUGUGUAGUCUCUACAAACCUAAGUUAUACAAAUAUUCAUCAAAUCGCUUCAAGACGCGGUCAGAAAAUGAAGUGCAGCGCGCUAAGGAGGAAGCUAAACAAGCAGAACAUAAAGUGAAGGAACUUGAGAGUAAAGCUAAACAUUUAGAGAAUAAACAAAGUGGGUCUAUAUCAAAAGAUCAAAGAACAGAACUUCGGAAGGCACAGCAGCAGGCAGCAGAAUACAGACGAAUAGCAGAAUACAAGAAACAAGUGGCCGAUCGGAAGGCAAAAUCACUUAAGGAUCCCAAGAUAUUGAAUUUUGUGUUUGGAAUCAAUCUUGAAAAUCGCAAUCAUGAUGGUAUAUUUGUGUACAACUGCAGUCGACUUAUAAAGAUGUAUGAGAAAGUUGGACCUCAGACAGAUGGGGGAGUGUUCUGCAGUGGUGUUGUAGGCGUGGUAGAUAUUCCUUACUUGGUAUUAGAACCUACGCACAACAAACAGGAUUUUGCUGAUGCCAAGGAAUAUCGACAUAUGAUGAAGGCGAUGGGUGAACAUAUGACGCAAUACUGGAAGGACAUUGGAAUAGCACAACAAGGUGUCACAAAGUUUUGGGAGAACUUUGGCUACAUCAGUCAAAGAUGGAAGGAUCCUCCCUCUGAAGACAACAAAUACGCAAGGAAAAGAGCCAUGCAGAUCAAUGUAACAUUACAGUGUGAUUUGUGUCUGAAGUGGCGAACAUUACCAUUCUCCUCUAACAACAUCGGAAAAGACUUCCCUGAUGAUUGGGUGUGUGCUAUUAACCCAGAUGUUGCACAUAACAGAUGUUCAUCAGCAGAACAGAAAAUGAAUAUUGCUGAAGGAGUGUUCAAGAAAGCUAUCAAAUCUCAAGACCAGAAACAAAAAGAUAUAGAGGAGGCUAUCAAGAAAAAAUCAAAAGAACUUGAGAAAAUGCAGAAACAUAAACCGGUGAUGUCAUCAAGGCAACUAGCAGAAAUGGAUAGAAAAAGGAAAGAAGAGGAAGACAGGAAACGGCGUGAGGAAGAGAGAAAGAGGAAAGAAGAGGAAAGAGAAAGACAGGAGGAAGAAAGACUGGCACAGCUUAAGGCAGUUAGAGAGGCAGCAGCCAGAAAGGCAGCAGCACGACGAGCACCACCAUCCCCUCCUCCUCCCAAGAAAUCGACAAGUUCUUCCAAGUCCCGAGCUCCCAUUAGAUCCCCCACUGUGACCUCCACGCCCAGGGUCACCUCAACACAGAAAUCCAAGAGUGAAUCAAAGUCUAAACCAGAACCAAAGGUGUCAACGACAAAACCUAGUCCUGCAAAACCAACACCAAGGACAUCGCGGAAUUCAACAGAUGCUGCUGAGUCAGAGGCUCUCACGACAAAACGAAGGUCAACAGCUGUUUCUUCACUUGAUAUAGAUGAGGAACCAAUUGUGCCUGCAAAACGAGCUAAGGCAUUCUCCUCAGAAUCAGAUUCUGAUAGUUCAGCCACAAGUACUAGGACCAAACCCAUUGCAGGCAUCUUUACAGAGUCUGACUCAGAACCUACGCCAGCAAAGAAACGAGGACGAGGAACAAAGGUUGAUAAAGAAGAGUCUUCCAGUGAUGAAAUGGAGGUGUCGGAAACCACCACAGAGGUGAAAUCUGACGUGGAGGAAACAAACCAGGUGUCUUACAAUGAUGCUGAUAGUAAUGCGGAGAUUGGGACCAAGGUUGAGGCACUAGUCAGUGGCAAAUGGUAUCCUGGAGUGGUGGCCAAGGUCAACUCUACUGACGGCAAGUGGAAGGUCAAGUUUGACAACAAUCCCAAGGACAAGUAUGAUAAAUGGUUUGACAAGAGCAGUUCUGACAUCAGAUUAAAGAGUGGUCAGCCCAUCCCAGAGUCCCAGCCUCCAUCAUCUCCAGCCUCCUCUCAGGAUACAGCAGCUGAGGCACCGUCCUCCUCAACCACAACCACCACCACAGGUGCUGCGCCCUCCAGUCAGAUCACAGAGGAGAUCGCCAAUGGUUACAGAACAAGUCUACGGUAUUUCCUGCCACCUCAAUGGGUAAUGGACAAAGACGCCAUAUCUACCAUGUCACUGGAAGAGCUGGCCGCCUUUCCUCUUGAUGACUUUUUCGACCACUAUGAGAAAGGACUUAGGAAGUUGGUUGGAAAUUUCCAAACGGAAGCAACACAACGAAAACAGGAAUGUGAAGCAUCCAUGGCUAAACUUUCUGCUGUCCGCAAACUUAUCGCCAAACUUCUCAAGUCUAUAAAUGAGGAGUUUGAUAUAGAUCCAGAAGCAGAUGGGGAACAAGUAGAUGAACUUUUGGCAGCAUGUGUAAAGCAGGCUGUGCAAUCACAGCCCUGAUUCAGAUUCUAGAUCAUACAGCAGCUUGGACCAUCCAAUUCCAGGUCACUCAGAUGCUUAAAAUGUCAAACUCAAAGUCUCAUAGAGGUUUCUUGGAAUGUGAAUAGGGUCAUUUAUGGAAUUGUAUGAGGAAAAUGUAACCUGAUUGAAAUUGGGUUUUAAACCACAAAUUGAAUCUGAAUUCUCAACUUCAUGAGGACCUGGAUUUUGAAGAUGUUUGAAUAAAAGUUAUGGUAGAUAGGGCUGAGGGUUUGACAGUGCAAAUCUGUAAAAAGACAAUACAGAUUUCAGAGGUAAAAUCAACUGGCCUAUUGACCAAAACUUUAUGAAUUUUAUUGAUUCAGAUGACACUUCAUUUUUCUGAAUUGAUAAUGAAAUGGGAGUUAUGAGUUAGAUAUUUUAAUGCCAUUGGACUGUAAACUACAGCAGUAGUCUGCUUUGACCUGUGUGGAGCUAUGUUUUUAUGUCAUUUAAGGCGUUUACAUAGGAUUUUCAGCAUCAUAUGUACUUGUAUAUUUUAAACCUUAUGUUCAAAGCAACAUCUUCAGGUGACAAGUUGAAGUUUGACUUCAAGUUUGUUUGACUGUUAAUGUUUUGCCAUAAUUUAUUACUUUUAUCAUGAAGUAAAUGUGAAACUAUUGUCCUUGACCUAUGACCUCUGAAGUUAUUGGAGUACAGGUUAUUGAAACUCUGUAUACUUGUGUAUUGACUGUACUUAACCUCUUUUACUGGACCACUGAGGCAACUGGACUUUUGUAUAAUAAAACACUGUGUUUUACUUGAUAUCCUUACUGGAAUAUGGAGGAUUCAGAAUCUGUGUACAACCAAACCUACUGAUGUCACUGGACUACUAUGUAGCAGAUAUUAGAAGGACAAAAAGGAAGAGAAAUGUGUCCUUAAUAGUGGCUGGAUCUGCCAACGUAUACUGGACUUGUUUACGGAACUUUUUUGUGGACAGUCCAUUCCUCUUAGACAGGAGCUGUAUUGAAGACAGCUGGUUAAAUCAAAGGCUUGUGAUCUUUGUAGAUGUGUGGUCUUUAUUGACAGGUGGUUCUUAUAGAGGGGCGGUCUUUAAUGACAGGUGGUCUUUACAUCUUGACUGUCUUUAUCAACAUCCAGUUUCAUUUCCUUUUUUAAAAAUGUUGAAAUGUUAUAGAUAUCAAACUUUCAUUGUAAAUACAGAAACUUUUAAAUUAAAAAAUGUGGGAAAUGUAUAAAGGAAAAUCCCAGAUUGCUAAUACAUUUGAUAAAAGCCCCAUAGCCAGUCUGUUGUUCUCAAUGAUUGUAAAUAAACUCAUUUUAAAAGUUAUGACAAUAGAAAUUCAUUGUAAAAAGCCAAAGCAAGGCUUUGUCCUCAACUUCAAACAUAAAACCAUUUGCAUGCUUUAUCAAAAUGAUGUAAAUAUGACAGGAAAGUGUUUGCUCCUGAGGAAGCAGGAACUUGGACAAGACAAUAGCUCUUCCAGGAAACUCCUUUUUCAUAUUUCCUUCAUAUCAUACCACCAUGAGAUUGUACAUGUGUAAAUAUCAAUGUGUAUAUAUCUACACUGUAUACUAGAUCCACCAUUUAUAUCUAUAUCAUACUUGUGUUUUAGCGACUCUUUUCUCAAAAUAUCAUUGCUCUUGUAUCACUGCAGUUUAUUUAUAGUGAAGGUCAUUUAUUAGAGUUGAAUAUAUUUGUUAAAAACAUCCCAGCCAUGGUUGUAUAUUUUUAGCUCUAGUGGCUAUGACCCUAUUGUUUUAUGGUGUAUAUUGAAGUAAGUCUAGCAGAAUCUGAAAUUUAUUAUGUGCAUAAUAAUGAGACUGUGUUACUGGUGCAUUUCUUGUACUGUUGAUCCAUUGAAUGGCAUACUGAUGUAUAUCUUCUUGAUUUCAACGGUCAUCACAUGUCAUAAAGCAUAUUUUAUUGGUGUUUCUACCUAAAAUAAACAACAUACAACACUACUUGUGUCAGUUAAAAAAAUAUAGAAAAAAAUUGGGGAGAUACUCCAGAUUUUUCUCUUAUUUAAGAAAGAAAGUCUUAUCUCUGCUUGUGCCUGUAUGAAGAUUUGAGAAAAUACAAAAUUUUCCCAAUUGCAAAAGUAGCAUUCAUUCAGGUAGGUCAAAACAGCAUGUUUUCAGCUCUAGAACUGGACAAAAGCAUUAUACCAGACAAAAAUGUAUUGAAGAUUUCACAGCCCUACCAAUCAGAUUUCUUAUAACAGAUCCUCAAAUGACAAGAUGAACUAUAAUGAAAAUCGGAUUUGUCAUUUUGAGCCAAAACAAGUCUUCUCACUUUUUUGCCUUGACUGCAACAAAAGGGUGUUAUUUUUGUAUUGGCAUUUUCAUAUACACCUAGUAACAUCAUAUGGUGAAGAUUCGAAUCCGGGUAAAUAUCAAAAUUUAGAAUGUGUGUAUAUUUUUAUGAUGAAAAAAUAGGAAAUUUUGGUUGAUUUUGAUAAUCAGCAAAUCUCCUGUGUUGAUUUCAGAUUGACUUCAACAUAUAAACAGAUUUUUGGGUCAUUCCAUCAAAAAAAAUUUCAGUUUUGUUUUGUUUUGAAAUAAAGUCAUUAAGGGGCCAUAGAGAUAAGAUGAAACAUAAUUUAGCAAAAUUUGUCGUUUUUUUUCCUUCAUCAUUGUUUUAUGCAAUAAAAAGGACAAAAAUAAUUUUGCUUCAAUACAAAACAUACAAAAUUAGAAUUCUGUUGGCUUGGUUUUUCUGUCACCAUAUAGACUUCUAUUUAAAUUUGUCAAAUGAACACUGCUUAAUCGGUGUUGAUAAGACCCAUUUCCAAAGUCAUUUCACAGAACUUUUACAUCAAAGGUUAUGAAAUGUGGUUUUCGACAUUUUUUAUUUCCUGAAAAUAUCCAUUUUCUUUUCUUCUUUUUUUAACGCAGUUGAGUAAAUGGAUGUGUAUGUGAGGUGGACAUUUUUUUUCUCGAUGAUGAAUGUAUGAAGUAUUUACCAGUGGACAUUUUCUUUUAAUUUUCUCUCAUAAUAUUUGCUGUAUGCUUUAUGUUCAAGUGUAUGAUUCAUUUUAAAUUUUCUUGCAUGAUGUUGGCUUAAUACUUUAUGUGCAAGAUUGUAUUUUAACUUUCUCUCACCAUAAUAAAGCUGGCUUAGGCAGCAUGGCAAGCUUUGUUGUUUACAAUGGUUGAUUUUCUGUACAAACCUAGAUGUUCUUGUAUUGUUGUAAUGUAAGAAACAUGCAGUCUACUACCCAAUAACAUUUUCAAACCAGUACAUGUUUUCUGUUUAUAAUGUUGAUACACCUGUCGUUUUGAUACCAAACCAUGUGAACGCUACCAGUUCGUGGUGAUAAAGAUUUCCAGAAUUUGAGUUUAAUGGAGUUUUUCACCUUUCAAUGUUUCUUUUGUUAAAACCUAUUUUUAAUAUGUUUCUUUUGUUAAAACCUAUAUGUUAUUCAAUUAGUGCCAUUUUGUUUUAGAGGAAGUUAUUCUGUUCAAUUCACAUAGUGAGAAAUGUCCAUGCAUAAAGGUAAAGUAUUGAUAGUGAAUUGUACACAUCAGCUUCUAAUUUACGCAACUACUCCAGUCAGUUUAGGCUGUCAACUUUAAAAUAGAAAUGAAAAUUAAGGAAGACUGUUAACAAGUUGUAGAAAUCAAUUUUGCCAACCUGUUGAUUGCAUACAAUUUUUACCAACUAAUAUUUUAUAUAUUUGUUGCCGUUGGUUGAAGUAUCAGAUGUAUUUUUCAGAUUUGACUUUUUAUAAGGAUUUCAUUUUGUUAUGGCAGUUAUGUUAACAUACUUAGAAAUACAGUUGUGUUCACUGAAUUGUGUGGCUAGUGUAUUUUUUUAUGUGUAGACAUUAUCAUCAUUUUACAGUCAGUUUUCGUUAAUUCAAUUUGCCAUGGUUUAUUGGAAAGUUGAGUCUCUAUAAGUUGUACAUAUAUUUACUAAUAUUCACAUUUAAAGUCUUUGAAGUUUCAGUAUAUAUGGUGCAGGUUGUCAUCACCACCGAACUGUUUAGUGUUUUUAUCGUUACUGUACAGGGCACGGAAGUUGAUCAUGUUUUUAAUUGAAAUGUUCAAAUGACAAUUGCCAAUUUGGCUUUGGCUAUUUAUGAGGUUUUAUUUCUAGCAAUGCUCCAAUUGUUUAACACGUGCAAGCCUUAUGUCCAGUGUUUUACUAUUUUGCAGCUGUAACUGUGAAAAAGUACUUGACCGUAGAUAUUGUGUCUUUGUAAAAAUGAACAACAUACAGAAUGGUUUAUGAACUUAGUAGAAUGAAGAUAUGCCUACUGCAGAGAGAUAUUCAAUAUCUUUUAAUUAUGUAUUGUUUUUUAUUAACAAGAGUUAAGUCCUGAGUUCUGAAUUAAGAUGUUGACAUCCCAUUUCCACAGGAUGUUUCAGACCACUUGUGCCAAUAUAGGAACAGAUGCUGCAUUUCCUCUAGAUAGAUAUGCAUGGCCAUUUCAAUCACAUACCUUGUAGAUCUGAUGGUCUGAAACUAUCGAGUAGAUUCUUCUCAGAGGAUUUAAGACAGAUCUUUUCUUUUGAACUUUCAAAUAUUCAUUGAAGCCUUUUACUGAAAAACUUUGAGAUAAAAAAAAAACACAUUUCUGGAAUCAAAUGCUUUAAAAUUAUUAUGUAAAAACUUCUGCUAUGUGAAUUUGAAGUAAAAUUAUUCAGAUGUUUUUUUCCUGAACCCUACACUUAAGUGCUGGAGAUCUGUUUUAUGUCAUUUAAGCAAAUGUGAAAUUUUGUUUUAUUAUACAUGUUUUAUUUUCAAUUUCUAUAUUUUAGAGGAAAUUUUAUUGAAAUCAUUUAAAUGAAAACAAUUUUAUUUUAACCAAUGUUACAUUUUGCUUUAUGAAAAGCUUACACGUUUUGUUCAAUGUUUCAUAUCCACAUCAGCAAAAUUUUGACAGAUGAUCAAAAAUGUUAAUGUUGAAUGGGACCUGCAUUGAAGAAAAACCUAUUGAAAACAGCUUCCUUGUAGAACAUCUUGGACCCUAGGAUGUGUUUGGCUAUUAACCAUCUUUAACCUUCAACUUGAAACAUUACAGAAAUUUUCAUCUCAGAGCCACAUAAUUUUUAGCUCACCUGGCCUGAAGGGCUAAGUGAGGUUAUGCUGUUGUGCAGCAUCCGUCAUCCAUCCAGCGUUAACUUUUUUCUUUAAACAGCUUCUCUCAAUAAUCAAUGGACCAAGUGUUUUGAUAUUUGGAUGGUAUGUUCCUAGGAUGAAACACGACAAAUUUUGUGAACAGAAUAACCUUGACCUAUAUUCAAGGUCAAAGGGGUCAAAUUUGUUAAAACCUUUAAACAACUUUCCCUCAUGAACCUAAAGUCCUAGAGGCAUGAUAUGUGGUUGGUAUGUUCCUAGGAUAAAAUAGGACAAAGUUUGCCAAAAGAAAUGACUGACUUAUAUUCAAGCUCACGGGGGUUUAAUUUGUUGAAAUAUUUAAAUGACUUCUCAUGAACAUAAUUAACUGGUAUGUUCCUUAGAUGAAGCCUGACAAAGUUUGUGAAAAGAAGUGACCGUGACUUGUAUUCAAGGUCACUGGGAUCAAAUUUGUUAAAACCUUUGAACGACUUGUAUUUCUGAACUAAACGGCAAAGAGGCAUGAUAAUUGGCUGGUAUGUUCCUUUGAUGAAGCCAGACAAAGUUUACGAAAAAAUGACUCUGACUUUGAAACCUUUGGACUACUUCUCAUGAACACAUAGACCUAGAGGCAUGAUAUUUGACUGGUACAUACCUGAGAUGAAGCCUGAUUAAGUUUGUGAAAAGAAUUGAUGUUAAGUUAUAUUCAAGAUCACAGGGGUCAAAAUUGUUAAAACCUAUAAACAACUUCUACUCAUCAACUAAUAGGUGUAGAGGCAUGAUGCUUGGCUGGUAUGUAUAUAUACAAGAUGAGCCUUGCAGGCUCAUGGGCCUCUUAUUGUAAUUGAAAUGGGUCAGUUUACUCUCUUUGAUCAGAAAUUUAGGAAGUAAUAGUAGUUUAUUGUGCAUGCAUCUUCAGUUGUGUUGGGAAGGGGGUUAUAUUUAUUGGUAUAACGAAGUUAUUUGAUUUUGAUGCAUAAAUUCCUGUUUAAGAUUCUUAAACUACUAACCGUUGAGGUACAUUUGUGAUUUUAAGCACUUUUUACAUUACUGUGUGGAUGUGUGUACCAUUUCCGUAGUUUAUGUUGUAGCUCAGCAUCAGACUGUAUCAUUUGCUUUAAAAGCAGCAGAGAAAGUAGCCGAACUAUCUUCAGUUUUGUCAUUUCGUCCUGAAAUAUUUUCACUAGUAUGGGUACAAUAUUUAACAGGAAUUUGUUGUGUAUGCCAUUAAACUGUUGGUCAAUACUUUAUAACAGGAACUGUUUUCUCCUAUGUGUGUAAUAUUUAGCAAAGCCUCCAUUCUCUUGUGUCGUAUCGUUUGAUAGAUAGUCGUGUCAUAUUUGUGUGUGGAGUUAUUACAUGUGCUAUAUUUAGUAGAACUAAACAUUGAUAAUCCUAAUAUUGUCAAAAUCGUUAUCAUUAGUCAUAGUCUUUAUCAUCACAUUGUGUAUAUCAUUAUCAUAAAACUAUUCAUUAUCUGAAGAAAUCUUCUUGUGUUUGUAACUUGUAUGUCCAUUAAACUCGAAGUCAGGAGGUUGUGUUGACUUUUUUCCUUUUUCAGUUACAUUGGCAGAACUCAA